AUGGCUCCACCAUCAUCAACACCCAACAAUGGCACAGCGUAUGUCAACGGCAAGGUAUAUACCGUCAACGAAAAGCAGCCAUGGGCAGAAGCUUUCAUCGCAAGUCAAGAUGGCUAUUUUAUCACGAUUGGCAGUACGGCGGAAAUUGAAGCACAGGCGCGGCAGCAAAAGCUGACGGUAUAUGAUUUACGGGGUCACUUUGUGAUGCCUGGCAUCCACGAUGCCCAUGUCCACCUUCUCAUGUCGGCUCUGGCAGACAGCUCGCAGAUUCGAAUGCCACCAGAGCUCACACCCUCAAACGUAGCUGAAGAGCUAAAGAAAGGCAAGUGUUUGUGCAAAUAUGGCCACGCCAACCAGGACUGGCUGGUAGGUCAUAGCUACAUGGUCGAAAACUUCAGUUUGGAAGCUCUCGAUAAGGAUUUUCCCGACACGCCAGUUGUGAUCCGUGCUGGUGCUGGACACAGUGCAUACCUCAAUAGCGAGGCUUUGAGACGAUCAGGAUACAAUAUUGAGUCAGAGCCUGACGCACAAGGUGCGACGUAUUUUCGAGACGAUCAGGGGCGGCUGACAGGCGAGAUGGCUGAGAACGCUAUGAGCAAAGUGAUGACCACCCUUCCGCAACCCAACCUUGCACACGUCAAGAGAGUACUGAUGUCCGGCAUCAAGAGACUACACCAAGCGGGUGUAACCAGCUGUCAAGAAGCGUCAGCAAAUACGAUCAUGCUACAGGGUCUGCGCGAGCUCGAGCGAGAAGGGAAGCUAAGCAUAGAUAUCCAAACUCACAUCGUCUAUGCACCAGACUGGAUCGGCGAGGAACGCGCAGAAACCCUCCAUAAAACCCUUGACGAAGCCAAAACAUACGCCUCUAAACACGUCGACACACGCUUCGUCAAGAUAAUCCUCGACGGCGUCCCCCUAGCACCAUAUCACACCCACGCAGCACUAAACUCAGACGGCAAAGUCGACGAAUCCAAGCUCCUCACCCUCAACGUCCACGAAGCAGUACGAAAAUACGACGAGCGCGGCAUGACAAUGAAAAUCCACUGUACCGGCCACGGCAGCACGAGACUUGCCCUAGACGCCUUUGAAGCAGCCAGGAAACAUAAUCCCAAAGGCCCAAAACACGAAAUCGCUCAUUGCUCAGGUGUCCACGACGACGAAUACCCCAGAUUCAAGGCGUUGAAUGUGACAGCUGAGAUGAGCCCCGCUUUCUUCUUCGUACAUCCCAUCACCCAGGCGAGCGGUGGUCUAAUGGACUGGAAUUUUCCGAAGAUGCUAGCCGCGGAUGCGCAGAUAAGUAUCGGGAGUGAUUGGGGCGCAGGGGCAAGUCCGGACCUGCUACCUGAUGUGGCGAAAGUCGUUGAUAUUGUUGGAGGUGGAGACAGGAACUUGGGCGGAGAAAAGUUAUGUCGUAUGCUGACUUUGGCGGGUGCUGAGGCUGUUGGUCGGGAGAAGGAAUUGGGCAGUAUUGAGGUAGGGAAGAAGGCGAACUUUAUUGCUGUUGAUAAGGAUUUAAGUCAAGGUGAUUUUGAAGGCGCGAGUGUGCUUACGACGUGGUUUGAGGGUGAGAUUGUGUACGAGAAAUCAUAA